AUGCACCGUUGUCUUCGUAUUCUUGACGUAAUACUCCAGAUCGUACACUGGAUUGAUGAUGAUAGGUCUCUCACUAGACUUGCCAGGGUGUGCAAGUUGUUUCAGGACCCAGCCCUUGACGCGUUGUAUGAGGAGAUCGACGACUUUUCCAACCUUGUGCAAUGCUUACCUGAGAGCGCAUUGCCUGUGGAACCUCGAGGUUACUGGGGCUUUCAGCGCGAGUUGGGGCCAAACGACUGGGAGAUACUAUCGGAAUACACUUCGCGUGUACGCAGUCUCCACGUUCUGGGCGACGAGUGGUACCUCCAUGCUUCAGGUCGGUACCAAAAUGUCUUGAGCUCAAGAUGUAUAUGUCGCGCGCUAUCGGAAAAGACUAUAUGCCCUGGUACUCUUUUCCCAAAGCUCCAAAUGCUGCGGCUCUCCAGACCCGAUUCCGUGGUACUCUCUAUGGUGAGAUCGAUGUUGCUUGGCAGUCGCCUCCUCCAUCUUCAUCUCCUGCACCCUUGUGGGGCGUUUCCUGAAUUCUAUCAAGAGUUCCCCAAGUUAGCCGAGCACUACCCCUUUCUAGAGACGCUCGUCAUUGACCUUGGUCAUAAAGACUAUCUCUCUCAAACCCUGCCAGAUGAAUUGGACGUCGAGCCAACUCCUGAGCUGGUCGUGUGCGUUUGUCAACUCAAGCAUCUCCGCGUAGUUGAUGUCGGGACCGUGAACCAUCGAAUGUUAGAACGCUUCGCUACUCUCACCAGGUUCGACCAGUUGACAAUAUUACUCCUCUCCGAUCACUUCACGUGGCUUUCUGUCGAGGCUUCAUGUUAUCGGAUUCCACCGUCUUUGAUACUUGAGGCGGAUGCUUAUGGAGUAGCUUCGCAAGCUCUGAGGAGGUUAACCAACUCAGCUUCUAGCCACGUCCAGCGCAAUAUCCCCCUGCCUCAUCUUCACAGACUCAGGUUGAACGUGACAUGGCCAUAUUCUCCAGGUUCACGCAUGUCAGAGUUCUCCUCCGCGCUAGCACACUGCGUAUCGUCACAGUAUCUUACAGAUAUCUCUAUCGAGAAUCCCUGUGCUGGACUCACCGAAGAGGAGCAUCUGCAUUGGUCUCCAGUCAACUAUGAAGACCUCAUGCCAUUCACACGUUUCGGGAACCUGACGCGGCUGUCCCUCGAAUACACACAAACCCCAAUUCUCGCCGGAGCGCGCGAAGCACUGCUCGACCUCCUUCCCCACUGGCCGUGCCUCGAAAUGCUCUGCAUAAAUCCGUUUGUGUUGAACGUCACGAUGUUGAUAGAUGUUCUCCGAAUCUUGCCCAGAUUGUCCGAGUUCCUGAUAAAGAUUAACAUGGAAACCAACGAACCCGACAGCAUACUGCAUAACUCAAAGUACCUUGAUUUACCCACAAACUAUCGCAUCACACACUUACAGCUUGACGACACUUUGCUACCCUCAUUUUUCCUUCUUAGACAGCUGUUACCUAAUCUAAAGCAGUGCAUUCUGAAACUACUUAUGACCGCUUUGGACAGCAACUGCAUUCAAAAGUAA